ACUUAGCGCUUCAGUUGAUUCAAGCAUCGUAAUAUUUCGUGAUUGAUCGUCGACGUUUUGGCUUCUUUACAUCGUGUAAAACUCUGUGUUUAAGGUUACCUUAAAGUUUUAAAGUGUACUUGAAAAGGGAUCUUGUGGUUUGGCUGUUUGGUUCCCUCACUUGCCUGGAGUUUAUCUGUUGCGUAUAGCCUAUAGAUAAACUGUGUUAGGCUCAGGUGGCUGGACCUCCAAGGGCGGGGUAAUUUACUUUGGCCAGUAUAUAUUGACGACUCUCAUCGAAACGGCCGCCGUCAGUAAAUAUUGCUUCUGACAUUUCAUAUUUUGCGACAUAGAUAGCAGUGCACGCCCACGAACGCGAAACAUCGUGCCCACGAAAGCCACGAACAAAAGGAGGAUUCAGGUUUAUUUCAGAUUAGAAAGGAUUUACUUGUUUAGCCGGAGAGCAGCAACGUAAACGUGUUCUCGAUCAUUGGAGGCAAAAUUUCAAAACACUGAGCUUUCAUUUACCGUUGGCUAUUACCCGAGGUUCCUCUGGUGAAGAAAAACGGAAUCUUGUUAAAAAGGAAACUCGUUCUUUGUGUUGAAUAAUUCUUAGUUCUUGCCCAAUAUUACCUGUUGAAAUACGAUUGUUAUCAACUGGCUUAUUGUAUUUCAGAAUGAUGAUCGUAUAACUUGAAAUCGCCGCCUGAAGGAGUCAAAGUUGAGAUAAUAUCAACGUCAUAAGGUUUUGAAGAAGACAACGAGCAAAAACAUUUUUUUAAAUUCCCGUACGAGUGACAACGAUUAAACUGGUCUUCGUGCAUUUUUCUGGAUUAAAAGCAACUUUUCAUCCGUUGCCGUUGGCUCUGAUUCUUCUUUGAUGGUGGAAAAAUUGGGAAGAGGAUUCUUUAAACUGUCGUGUUUAUUUGCUUGGAAAGUACGCACAAGGUAAACAAGCCAAUGGACAUACUGAACUUCGUUUUUAUAAUAAAAACAAAUUGAAAAAUAUCUUGAAGAAGGAACAAUGAGAUUUCCAAGAGCAGAAGGCGAGCCAGAGAGCAACGUCAUGUAUCAUAACAAAUCAGGAGGCAAUAAUAAUGAUUCAAACGGCGUCCCUGAACCGGAAUACAAACCAGCUCCAAAUGCUGAACCUGUUCCUGAAUGGCCUGCGGCGAAAGAGGAAUGGAACGGAGCAUGGGAGGCGCAUUACAUAGGAUUUGGUGUCCUGUUUUUACUACUAGCGGCUUGGUCAAUCAUGGCCUUAAUUCGAGCCCGCAAUACACCAUUACUUGUGACACGUCGUUUUUGCUACGCUAUCAACUGUUUGCUUAUUUCAUUUGGUAUAACACGAGCAUUAGCUUUAUUUCUCUAUCCAUACGAAAUGGUUGACAAUGCUAAUGGUACCCCUGUUGUCCUGCAACGAUUGCUGUUUGGCAUAGGAUACCCAUGUCUUAUCGCGGGCUUUACGUUAAUUCACUAUGCUUUUCUCGAGGCUGCAAAAGUAAGCUUCUCAAAGAAAAGAAUCCAAAGCUUACGGUUUAUUAUUGGAGUAAUAGCCGUCCACGUGACGUUAGUUUUGGUUGCCGAGAUCGUAACAAGUUACGUGAACAAUACAAGUAUUCUGGUGAUAAUAUGCAUGCUAUAUUUCAUAGUCUGCUCGUUAGCUGUGUCUGCAAGCGUAUUUUACAGUGGAUUUCACGUGAUAAAAGAAUCAAAGACACACAGGCGUACGUUGAAACGCAUCAGUGUUCGCUCAAACGGCAUCGAUAAAAAGGCGUCGACGAAAGUCUCUAAUAAAGAAAGCAAUACAAAUAAAGUUGCUCGUGUUACUAUGGUAACAGCAUGUCUCGGAGUGGCGUGUGCAGCCUUACAGAUCUAUGCAAUGGCGGGGGUAUUUGAAAUUCGUUCCAAGGGAGCUGGGGACCCCCCAAAGCCCUGGCCGUGGUGGGUCUACGUCACUCUAUUUCGUUUAGUUGAACUGGGACUAGCUUCUACAAUGGCUUACACAGUGUCGCAGCCAAAGAAAAAUGGCAGUAGCAAUAUACAAAGCAUAAUGCGAUGCUGCGCAGCACAGCACCAAAGAAGAGAAACAUUUACAGACAGCGGAAUGACUUUGUCCGAAACUGCCGUAAGAUUCCCGAAAGAUUCGUGCGAAGAGCGAAACCCAUCCUUGGCAUAAAUAAAACUGAUAUGACUAAAGCUAUUCCUAUUGUAACUGAACUAUUUCAAAGGGGCUACUUACAAGACGUAGUUAAAUGACUUGGCGUAUGGUGAUUUUCAGUAAGCGGUUAUAGAAUAUAUUUCUUGGGUAAAACUUUAAAAACAAAGUGGGGAUGAAAACUAUCAGGACGAUACAUUUCAAUAUAAUAGCAAUAUAAUAUUAACUUUUAUAUCAGUAACUAUCAGUCGUAACUAUAAGAAAGUAUACUUCAAUCUACUCACUAAUUCAGUCAUUAAUUAAAACAGAAUGUAUACUGAAAAAACAAUGAAAGAAAAAAAUAAAAGAAAGUUACAUCGUUUAGAGUAAAAACGACGACAAUUGUUAAUACAAUGUUUAC